AAUUCGCCGUAAGUUGGAGCUCGUAUCCCAUCUUUUUUAAAAUGGCGGGUAAAGUGUGAUAGAAGCCGUUUCGGGAAAAACUUUUUAAUAUAUUACUGAUUUCCAACUCUCAUCAACUGUUUCUCAUGCUUACGUUUAUUUUGGAAGUUCUGUCUAUGAAAUGAAUUGUGUGUUAGAGGAAAAUGUCCGGCAGCUGCUUGACAUGGGCUUUCCAUGUGAAAGUUCUAUACGAGAAGCUCUUAAAAAAGCUCAUAAUGAUUUAAAUCAAGCUGUCAUGAUUCUAACUGGAGAAGAUUUGAUACCAAUGGACGAUGUCGAAAUCCAGGAAGUACAGAAAAACUCGGAACAUGACGCUUUUCCAUUAAACACUCUUCCCUCGCCUCCACCGUCCUACGACGAUGUUGUUCCUGACGGCGUGCAGUAUAUCGACGAGCAAGAUCCAACUGCAAACAUCUUAAUAGAAAAUAGUGACCCGGAAGCCGAAGUUUUUCCAGCUACGCAUCUUUAUGAAUUGGAAGGAAGGGUAUUUACUGAACAGUGGAAUAUUCCGUAUAAAAAAGAUGAAUCCUUGGCAAAAUGUUUACUUGCAUCGACAAGAUUUGCUCAAAACAAUCACUUGGAAAUUGAUGAAAAUUGUGAAAGAUUUGUUAGUCGUGUAAUGAUGGAGAGUUUUGAUAAGCUAUUGUAUUGUAAUGCUGUUAGAAAAUGGAGUUUAGAAACGCAAAUUGGUGUGUAUAAUAUGUGUACAUUCUUCAUUGAUCUCGCAACAGCAAGAUUACAACACCCCAACUUAAAUACAUCUAUUAUGUCGACUUUAGCGAAAGUUUUAGAUCAAAAUUGUGAAUUUCACUUGAAAAAUAAGACAAUUGAUGAUUGUCAUUUAAAAAAUGAGAAUAAGAAAUACGAAGAACUCUUUAGUAAACAACCGUUCGCACUUUUUCAAUAUAAAUCUUGUGAUGGCUGGCCAAAUCGGACAUGUGAAGAUUUUCUAAUGUUAUCAAAUUUGAUAAACCGAUUUGGUAAGCAAGAAGGAUUUCAAAAUAUGUUAGAACAUAUGCGGUCCGAAGAUUUAGAUAUUUUACAUAUGGAACUUCUACUUGCACCUUUAGCUAAAUGCUGUCAAAAAUUAAACUUGAACGUAGUUAAACCUAUUGUUAAAGAAGCGAUGGAAAGGGUACAAGCUUUACUUGCAAGUUUAACUAAUGAACAUUUGAAAGAAAAGGGCAUAAAUGUUGCUUUUCAAUGCCUUGAAAGUUGCAAAAUAUUAGCUACACGAUUUUACCCUGGUAAAGAAGACGAAGUUGAUAAUACUCGCUUAAGACUUGUGCUAAGAAUGCUCAAGUCCGUUCAUUUUAAUGCCAAAAUGAAUGCUUUAAGAGAGUUAACAAAGCUUAUUCAAGAAAACAUUAGUUCUGAAACACAUAUGACCAGUAUACCACCAAACAAAAUAAAAAUAUGGCUGGUUGAUAAUAAAGUUCUUAGCUUAGCCUUUGAAGGAAAUAUCGACCAAUUACAAUAUUGUGAAAAAAUGAAAGCUGUUAUUGAAUUUUUAGGAAAUUCUCUAACAGAUCAAGAACUAACUAGAAUCUGGGAUUUACAACAAGGCAGAAGCGGAUAUAUUAUUGACAACAUCCAUCAUUUAAUAGCUGCUGCUGCAGUAAAUUUUACUCCUGACCUAAUGGAACAUUUACGAAAGCUAAUAAAUAAGAGCUGGAUUCAUGAAAAGGAGAGAAUGAGAGAGAAAAUUUUGAAUCUCGUUGGCGCCAUUGGGCGAGAAACUAAAGUAGAAAGUACAAAGGCUAUGAUAUUAGAUUUAUUAUGGCAAUGGGCUCAUCUACCGAAAAUAGCUAAUCAUUUAGUUGAAAGAGCAGCUUCUUUACAUUGUCAAAUCCUUAGCGAUCAUCACACGAGGCAAAAGCUUAAAUCUAAUUACAUUCAUAAGUGUUUGGAGGAUGUGAAACGAGGCGAGUGGGUCUAUCCAGCUCUUCGUCAAAUCCUUCACAUAGCAGAGAGUAUGGUUAAACUUACAAGAAUUGAGAAGGGCUUAAUCAAUGAAUACAAGAAUGGAGACAUUUUAAAGAUUAUCUGUAAUAGUCUCAUCAAAUUUCAUGCAAAGUCAACUGAAAAUUCAUUAAGUUUAAAUGAGAAUACUUUAGUAGAUGGUCGAUACGAACAUCGUUUGUAUGUUACCUCUCACUUGAAAUUGUUAAAUUUCAUCUUGGAAGAAGGAAAAAUGUAUUUACCUUUUGAUAGAGCAAAGGAUAUUUGGCGUUGUUUAGUUAAGUCUGGUGCCUGUGAAUGGGAUAAAGAGACGUGUUAUGAAUGGUUUAAAAAUGGAAUAACUGAUUUGGAAACUACACACAAGUCGCAACUACUUCAAACUCAUAUUGUUAAAAUUGAAGCUGGAAAGUUGAGUUUUAAAGGUUUUGAUUGUUUUAAAGAAUAUUUUCUGCAAGUAAAUAAGGAUGAGCAUAAUUUUAAACAGCAAAGUAAAUCUUGGGUUGUUGAAUAUCAAGAUAUGAUAUGUAAAGACUAUUUGUGGGAUAUAUGUCUGAACACUCUGGAUGAUUCUAUACUUAACGCUGCUCUCCAAUUGCUUAUAGACGUGUCUUAUUGCAAUCUUACGGCAAAACUUAAGUCUAAGCCCAAACUGUUACAUCCAAGAUUCAUGGAAAACUGCUGGGAUCGUUUGAGACUUGCUGGCGUCACCUUAAAAUCUGGAUCUGUAUUAGAGCUUAUAACAUCAACCACUCAAAUAUCAGCCGCAUUAACUUUGAGAAACGCUGUUUCGUUGAAAGUAUCUCCAAUCACUUGCCUUCACGUUGAGCGGAUUUUAUUAAUUGCUGAAGAAUAUAUAAAAGCGGUUGAAGAGUCCUUCACCGGUGAAAGAACAUAUACCCCACAUGGAGCCUCCUAUUACGGCUGUCCUCUUAAUGUCAUUUGCAAUCUUGAAAAUCGGGAAGAUUUCGUCGUACAAGUCCAUGCAAAUGAGACUAUUGGUGAAUUUAGACAAAAAAUUGUUGACAAAUUAGCUGUUAAGAUGGAGCAAAUACAUCUAACAACGAAUAGAGCAACUUUACAAUUAAGUAAAGAUCAACGACUUUUGAAUCAUCUGGAUUUUGCUGAUGGACAAAUAGUGAAUGUCAAAAUUAAUAGUGUGGCAGUUGCACCGUUUUGGGAUUCAGCCGCAAAACUAGUCGAUUGUGACGAAAUUUGUCUUCCUGGAGUACUAAUUUCGCAGGAUCCAUCUGUUUUUGAAGCUCUAUAUAAGCUAGCCAACAGCGACAAUAGAAAGAUUGCACGUCGAGCUAAUAAUCUGCUUAAGCUAAUCCCAACUGAUCCUUCUGUUCUGGAAAUGUUGGAUACAGUUAGUCAUUCAUCUGUAGUAAUGGACACUUCUCAAAUGUCUGAAAAGGAAAUUGAUGAGAAGGAUAAAUCUUCAGCUGAUACAUUUAAAAAAUUGUUUGACUUGAAAGCAGAAAAUAUGUCUUGUUAUCGUCUACUUUAUAAUCUAGAGGCCGUUAGUAGCAAGUUGUUACCAACUGCUAAAGAUGCAACUAUAUUACAAAAUGCCGAUAUGUUUUGUGAAUCAUUUUUAAAUAUUGGAGGUGUUCGAUGCCUUGUUCAUAUACUCCAAUCAGAUUCUAUACCGGCUGAUGCUGAUUAUGAAGUACGACAAGGAUGCUAUAUUAUAACAUUGCAACUACUCAAGUUUUUGUUGAAUGGAAAUAAUUUUUCUGAGGACGAAAAGGAGUUGUCAACUUUUGCAAGAGAUAGAAAAAGUGAAAUCGCCUCUAGUUUCGUUCAAAAAAUGAACAUUACGGAUUUUGUUAAUAUGUUGGAGUGUUUAAUGAGAGUGUCAUGGGCUGCUGCUGCGGGUAGAUUAAGUUUAGCAACAACUGCACAGACAGUAAAAGAAUACGGAAGUAGAGGACGACAAAGUUCAACUAGUAGUACGGCAAGCUCUGGAAGCGAUGCAGAUAUCACAAAUUUACGAGCAGGGGUUUGCUUUAGACAGCCUGACAUAUCGGCCAAUGAUGCAAUUAUAGCUCAAGAAGCACUAGAAUUACUAGUGACCUGCCUAAGACUCAGAAGCUGUUUGUUAGCUUCAUUUUAUAGUUUGAAAGCCGUUACCGACUAUAUCAUUGAGAUGCUUAUUGGUUGCUCUAUGCAACAAGUGAGACAAAAUGCCUGUAAAUGGUUUUUUAUACUAAGCCAAAUUGACGCUGGUCCGGAAGGUGGUCAUCAACAAUCAGCUAAGCAAUUUAUCUUACAGGUUCUUUUACGAGCUCACCUUCCAUUUUGGAUUGCUGCCAGUAGUACAAGGGGUUCUAGUCAAAAGAAGCUUGCUCAGUGUGAUGAAUUUUUUGAAUUGUUAUCUCAAGUUUUAUACGGAUUAUCAAGUAAAGAGCAAUUUUCUCUGAAUAUGACAGUAUCUUUAAGACUUCAGAGUGAAAUUGAUUGGAUACUAAAUUUUACUUCUAGUUGUGAAAAUUCAGAAAUUCAAAAAUUGGAUAAUAAGUUGAUAUCUGGGCACUUGAAUUUAAUACGGACAUUACUUACUUGCGAAGGGGUUAACAAAAGAGAAACCGGACAGAAACUUAUUAAAUUCUUAAUUAAUAAUUUCCUAUUUCCUGCAUCAAAGCUCAUAUUAUCAUCCCCGUCAAAAUAUUCUAUUAAAAGUGAUUCGGAGUAUAUGCCGGUAUGCUCAACAAAUCAGUCACGUAGCGCCGCCUAUAAUCUGUUAAUUGAAUUAGCUAAAGAUUCAUUUGAAAACUUUUGUCAAAUAAAAUGUUUACUAAUUCAAUUACAUCAUACUCCUCAAUCUAGUGAUAUGUUAGAUGAAUGGAACUAUAUGCCAAUGGUACAAGGUAGAACGCCUUGUGGUUAUGUUGGCCUAAAGAAUGGCGGGGCUACUUGUUAUAUGAAUUCAGUUUUACAACAAUUAUUCAUGAUACCUAAUGCUGCAGAAUCUAUUUCGUCAAUUGACGAUGAAGAAGUCAAUAAGGAGAGCAUAUUACCUGAAUUGCAGCAUAUAAUAGGCCAUUUAACGCACUCGAAAUUGCAAUAUUAUUCACCUGAAGGUUUUUGGGAAAAGUUCAAAUUAUGGGGCAGAACCGUUAACGUAAGAGAACAACAGGAUGCGUUUGAUUUUUUUACUGCACUCUCUGAUCAAUUAGAUGACGCCUUGAAGAAAAUGGGAAGAACAGAAAUCUUCAAGAAGAAAAUGGGUGGGGAAUUCAGCGAUCAAAAAAUUUGUCAAGAUUGCCCACAUAAAUAUGAAAGAAAUGAACCUUUUCUAUCACUCAGCGUUACAGUUAAAAAUGCAAGUUUGCAAGAUUCAUUACAACAGUUCGUUAAGGGCGAGUUGCUGGAAGGCGAUAAUGCGUAUUAUUGUGAAAAAUGUGGCGAGAAGCGUAAUGCGGUAAAACGAAUGUGCAUUAAGACUUUACCGAAUCUCUUAGUUAUUCAAUUAAAAAGAUUCGAUUACGAUUGGGAGAGAAAUAGAGCUUUAAAAUUUGAUGAUUAUUUCCGAUUUCCAAAAGUUCUCGACAUGGAGCCUUAUACAACCGAAGGCGUUUUAAAAAGGGAACAAUUAAACUCUAGCGAUACGUCUAUGGACAUAAGCGAAUAUGAUGAAACCGAAUCAGGUAUAACGUUUGGAGAAUGUACGGAAAGUUCUGCCAUAAAUUACGAACUGGCGGGUGUUGUAGUUCAUAGCGGUCAAGCAAACGCGGGUCAUUAUUACUCUUUUAUAAGAGAGAGACGCAGCGGUUUGGAUUUUGUUAGAAAUCGAAAUCGAUGGUUUAAAUUUAACGAUAAAGACGUCGAAGAGGUAGAUAUGAAUGAAGACUUUUUGGAGAGUGAAUGCUUCGGUGGAACUUAUAUCCAUAAAAAUGGUACUUUUCAAGAGGAUAGAGUACGUUAUUGGAAUGCUUAUUUGUUAUUCUACGAAAGAGUAUUUGAAGAUGAAGGCUCACCCGUUAUUGUGCCGAAAAAGUCGAAAAUCGUUGUAUUAUCGCCGGACAAAAGAAAGAGUAGUAGUUCGCCAGUAAAAAAUAAUACAAAUUCGAAUACGAAAAGGAGAAGCGAUAGUUUUGUAGAACUGACAGAGCUUAUACAUAAAGGUGAAAAGAAGAGAUUAUUCUGCGAUCUAAUGCCAGCUAAAGUAUCUCAGAUAAUAAGACACGAUAAUCUAAAAUUCUUAAAGAAUAGAGAUGUUUACGAUAAAUGCUAUUUUGACUUUAUUUACAAUUUAGUAAAUGAAAUUUUCAAAACUGCAAAACGUAUGGAAAAUCAAGAAAAUCAAAUAUAUAGGGAAUGUCUUAAAUUAUCGGUUCAUUUCUUGUAUAAUACCUAUUUUAGAACGAAGAAAAACUUGCGAAUUUGCACGGAAGACUGGAAAUGUUUACUUGAGAAUAUAUUUAGCGCUAGUAAAUCAUCGUGUACUUGGAUGGGUGAAUUCUUAACUAACGAUACGGAUAGAUAUUUAACACCUUUCCUAUUAAAAUGCCCAAGUUCGGAUACAAGGCAAAUGUAUUCAAAAAUAUUACAGCAUUUCGUUUGCUGUUGGUUCAAGCACUCAUUGCCAUCAAUUCAAAGUCAUUUGGCAAUUUUACUUCAAAAUAUAUUAAAUCUUUUGGACAAAGAAGUACUAACGCACGCAAAAAAUGCUUCAGCUUAUUUUGACUUUCUAUUCUCUUUUGUGUCAAAUGGAACGAAAGCUUGCUCGUUACUCCAUCAGUAUGGCGCUCUUAAUAAAUUAGUUUCCUUUCUUAUGGGAGACGCAUUAUCAUCUCCUACGUUACAUAAUGGAAUUCCUCCUCUAUCGCCUUCUUCGCCUUCCUCACGAACUCGCCGAUGGAGUUCAAUUCAAGUUAGAGAUUUCGAGUAUUUGCAUUGUAUUAUUGCUAUCAUUGUUUUACAUUACGAUGUCCAACCCUAUCAAACAGAAGAAACAUCUGGAAAGCAGUAUUUUCCAUUAAAGACAGCAAAACCACUAUUAAGAAUGGGUAAAGAUAUUGUCCAAAUAAUGUUGAUGGGUUUGAAAGAUGUUGAUCAGGCAGAAAAGGAUAUAAGAAACAUGUUAUUAUAUUGCUCGUUUUGUAACAAAAACUUUUGGGAUAAAUUGAUGAUGCACCUUUUGAAACUUCUUUCUGAGGCACCUGUAAAUGAAUUGAAAAGAUUGCUAGUAUUAUUAGAACACUUGAUGAAAUUAAAGGACAAUUUACAAAUUGAGAGAAUAGUACGCGCACUUGAAGGUUGUGAACCAAAGUAUGCCGGAGUAUUAUCUAUAAUGAAGGAUCAUCAUGUAUCGGAGCCUCGGAGAACUUAUCAAUUAAUCAAAUGCAUAAGUAGGGUGGCUGACGAAUGUUAUGUUAUCCGAAAUCAAGUUCAAAAUGUUAUUCCAAAGUGGCAUUGGGCAGUCAAUUGGUUAAAACAAAAGAUGAGCAAUAAAUCAUUUGGUGUACUUAGUAAUCCUGUAGAUUCAAAUGAAAUGGGUACAGCACGCUCAUUUCAAAGAACAGUUAGUGCUCAGCAUACUUUAGAGGGUGCCACAGCACUUUUAGAAAGUAUUAACGAUUGUUCGGAUAUGGAAGUAAAUGAUGACGAUACAAUACCACUAAGCUCACAGAAUACAAUAAGCUCUCUAGAUGAAGAUAAAGAUACAGUAGUACCAAUAGGUUCUGAAGAUUUGGAUUGA